CUUCGGUACAUCCGGUGACAUUUCGCUCACAUAAGACAUAUUUUGUAAAUAAGAUUUGUUGAUUCGGUGGUGUAUUCAUUACAUCAUGUCAUCAUGUCUGCCGCUAGAUAAGCUUCACGUUAAAGUAGAAGUUGGUAAAAGUAAGACUGAAGAUGUCCCAGCUUUGCAUCCUCGGUGGGUUCAGAAGAUUCAGUUUCUGACAUACCAUGCUCCACCGCUGAACCUCAGUGACCGCGGUCAGUGUGAGGAGUGGGCUGACCGCCUCAAGUUUAUCGAAGAAGAUCUCCACUUGGCCCUCCAGCUGCCACAUGAUAAGUUUUGGUGCCAGAUUGUAUUUGACGAAACAUUUGUAAGCCUGAUAGACAGUUACUUGCGCUAUGCUCCUAGAACUCAUGAUGCCUUGAUAGAGCUUCCAGUAGACACAAAGUCUCGCCAUGAUGAGGUCCAUCGCCUUGUGUUCAUGACUUGUCUUCGAAUGGCAACACACAAAGAAUCCAAGGAACAUCACAUCACUCCGAGCGUGUUUGGUGAAAUCCUGUACGAGAAUUUUCUGUUUGACAUACCCAAGCUGUUGGACCUCUGUGUGUUGUAUGGACAGGGUAACAACCAGCUGCUACACAAGAUGAUUGAUAACAUAUUCACAACCCAGCCAAAAUAUAACGACGAUCUCCAGGGCACCAUCCCAACAAUUCUACAAGUGUUUGACAAUAUCCGAGCCAAGUGUGGUUUGGCUGAUGUUAGUGGACUGACCCCCAAGAAACUGACCGAUCAAAGUCAGGAGAGGUCCGAGCUGGUCAGUAUGUCCAGUACAGAUUUCCAGGAUGUUGUGUUUUAUCUGGCUGACACUGGCACUACUCUGGCGAGUUUUUUAGAAGUCUACCCUCCAGCCUGCGUGCUAUUCUUUAAAGAAGACUUUGUACACCAAUUGGCCCAGUUAUAUGAAUCUGUUAUUCCACAAGUCGUAUCCUCUAUAAAGAAACGGAAAUUUGACAGCCACAGUCACAAGACACUUUUGAGACAGAAGACACAGGAAGCGAAGAAUUCGCUGUUGAAGGUUGUACACCUCAUUAUUAACACCUACUGUAUACAGCCGAUACUGGAAAAUGUUGGAGCUGAAGAAAGAGUAGAAGAUUUUAUACAGCUAUUUACAUCAAUGCUGAAUGAACGAAGAUUCCUAGCUGACUUUGAGAGUCGUCACCGAAUUGAAAACUACCAGGAGAUACUUUUGCAGUCUCCCAUUGAAAUUGAUGAGAUGAGGUUACAGUAUAUACAGGAUGCUAUCAAUUCUGCCUUCACAACGCACGGUCGCCGCCGGAAACCAACCGGGGGCACGAACAGAGGCGGCAGGACCAGUCCUGAUGGUUCUCCGGGACCCAUGGAGGAUGCUGGAGCUGUAGGGGGAGGAGCAAUGGGCGGAGCUGUGGGCGGAGCAAUGGGCGGGGCUUCAAGUGCAAUAGAUAGUGCUGUUCCAGUCAAUGACUUCGAUGUAGAAACUUAUGAGGCGGAAGGGGCCUGCGCAGCACGGAAAACUGGGGUAGAAUUGGAGUCUCUCAUCUCUUCUGUCAAAGAUCUUCUCCCUGACCUCGGGGAAGGAUUCAUUGAGGUGUGUUUGGAAGAGAUGGACUAUAACUUAGAGCGUGUGAUUAAUGCAGUCUUGGAGGACAAACUUCCACCCUCCUUACAGGACUUGGACAGAACAAUGCCUAAAGAAAUACCACAACCUGUCGAUGCUCCCAAGUCAUUGUUGGAUGGUCGUCGUAAUGUAUAUGACAACGAUGAAUUUGAUGUGUUCAGUCGAGACGCAGUAGAUACCUCACGUAUAUUCCAAGGAAAACAAAACAAGAUGGACAAAAUAUCACUUGAUGAUAAAACACUUGGAUCAGACGACAAGUUCCGACUCAAUGAAGCGUACGGUUAUGUUGUUGAGACUCUAAAUGCAGACGAAGCGUCACAGAUGGCGGAGCUCUAUGACGACGAAUAUGAUGACACGUACGAUACAAAUAAUGUCGGAGCUGAUGAUGCUGAUUCAGCUGAUGAGCUUUUACACGGAAGGCCAUGUACAGUUCCAAGGAUCCUUGGAGGUGGAAACCAGGGGCGGACUAGAGGAGUGAGCAGUGAAUCCGACUCACAGGAUUCCGACGAGGAGAAAAAACGGGAUCAGUUUGUGCAGGACCCGGCUCUCCUAAGACAGCGAGCAGAACAGCGUAGGAUAUCACAGAGAAGAGGUCAAGGUCGUCGAUUUGGCCAAGGUCAAGGUCAUAUUCAGAGAGAACAAGCUCAGGAUGGACCAAAGCAUGAUGUCAAAGGAAAGGCCAAGGGUCAUGGUCAGGAGGCGGACGUCCUGAAGAACAGGAAAUUUAAGGAGAAAAAUAAGGCGGCGAGAGGGAAUCACAACCGGCGCUAUAUGUCUGAUAAGAAGAGGAUGGGGUUUGGUGGGGGACCAUAAACAUAAUAUUAGGAAGCUAGUUAAAUGGAUUCAGUGUAGCAUGUGUAUGGGUCUGUAUGUGAUAGAACUUUGAAACAAAGCAAGAUAAACACAGAGGUAGCUUCUGUGUCUAGUUUGGCUUCAGUGUCAGUUUUCGUAGUUAUAAACAAAUUAAAAAAAUCUAAAGAUAUUAAACAAGUAGAAGAUAUAUAUAUGUUGCUCUUGUGACAUAAAUUGUACGUUGUAUUGAGUACUGAAUUGUUUUCUAAAUGUUCAAGACACGAUGUUGGAUUUCUUGAAGCAGCUUUAAUGUUAGAGGUCCAGGAGAAUAAUUAUGUUCUCUAAAAUUGAAACAAUCACUUUCUCAAGAGCUUCUGUUCUGAUUUUGAAAUUUUAAUGCUUUAGAAUGUGCCUAAAAAUCAUGGUUCUAAUUGAUAAAACUGAAGUUAUAUAAAUAUCCGCUUACAGAAAAGGUGCCUGGAAAGGUAUGUUUGUUUUCAUUUUGUUGAUUAUUUAUGAUUAUUGAAUAAAAGUUUUAUGAAAUGUUUGACGAUUAAA